AUGGCUCAUGGCAUGGCUCGUGGCAAUGCUGGUGGCAAUGCUGGUGGCAUGGCUGGUGGCAAUGCUGGUGGCAUGGCUGGUGGCAUGGCUGGUGGCAAUGCUGGUGGCAAUGCUGGUGGAAGAGCUGGUGGCAUGGCUGGUGGCAUAGCUGGUGGCAAUGCUGGUGGCAAUGCUGGUGGAAGAGCUGGUGGCAUGGCUGGUGACAUGGCUGGUGGCAAUGCUGCUGGCAUGGCUGGUGGCAGGGCUGGUGGAAGAGCUGGUGGAAUGGCUGGUGACAUGGCUGGAGGCAUGGCUGGUGGCAAUGCUGCUGGCAAUGCUGCUGGCAAUGCUGCUGGCAUGGCUGGUGACAGGGCUGCUGGCAUGGCUGGUGGCAAUGCUGGUGACAUGGCUGGUGGAAGAGCUGGUGGAAGAGCUGCUGGCAUGGCUGGUGGCAAUGCUGGUGGCAAUGCUGCUGGCAUGGCUGGUGGCAAUGCUGGUGGCAAUGCUGCUGGCAUGGCUGGUGGCAAUGCUGGUGCCAAUGAUGGUGACAUGGCUGGUGGCACUGCUGGUGGCACCUCGGGCCAGCAGUGGUACUUCAGCCGCCAGCAGCUGGAGCAGAACCCUUCGUGCCGGGCCGGGCUGAAGCCUAGCAGGGAGCUGUGGUACCGGCAGCAGGCAGCAGGGCUCCUGCAGGACAUGGGGCAGCAGCUCAGCCUCUCCCAGCUCACCAUCAACACGUCCAUCCUCUACAUGCACCGCUUCUAUAUGGUGCAAUCCUUCACCCAGUUCCACAGAAACUUGGUUGCCUCAGCAGCCCUGUUCCUGGCAGCCAAGGUGGAGGAUCAGAAGCGUUCUGCUUGUGAGGUGGUCAAGGUGGCAUGGGCGUGCCUGCACCCCAUGGAACCUCCUCUGGAUCCCGAGAGUGAGGCUUUCCUGCAUCAGACUGAGGACAUACUGAGUAUGGAGAGCAUCAUCCUGGAGACCCUGGGUUUUGAGACCACUGUUGAGCACCCCCAUAUGCACGUGGUGAAGUGCACACAGCUCGUGCAAGCCAGCAAGGACGUUGCCCGAACUGCCUAUUUCCUGGCUACCAAGAGCCUGCACUUGACCACGUUCAGCCUGAGGUACCCCCCUGCUGUGGUCGCCUGUGUCUGUGUCCACUUGGCCUGUCAGUGGUGCAACUGGGAGAUCCCAGUGGCCACGGAGGGGAAGCCCUGGUGGGAAAACAUCGAUGACACUGUGACCCUGGACCUCCUAGAUGAACUGACCAACGAGUUCCUGCGAAUCCUUGCCAAAACUCCCAAGCAGCUCAAACACAUCAGGAUAUGGCGGCCCAAGAAUGUUUUUGAUGACAGUGAAGAUGAUUGCCUGUGGGAAGAUGUGAAACCCUCGACCAGCGCGGGGCCUUCCCUGCUGCCCGUGGCUGACUCGUGUGCUGAGCAGAGCAGUGCAGAGGUGUCCCAGCCUGACCACUGCCAUCCCUCAGCCACUCUGGAGAUCACUGAGACUCGCCCUAAAACCAAAAGCUCCUUGGCAGCUGGAGGUUCCUCACAUCAAGAGGGCACUGGCAACGGGAAGCGAGGCAGCAAGAGGAAGGUGUCCCUGGAGGAGUACCGGGCCAAGCACCGCAAGGAGCUGGCAGCACACAUGAAGGAACUGGAGAACUUUGCCACCAACCUGAGAUCCCAGUAUGCCCGUGCUGCCCAGGAGCUGCAGGUUGAGACACUGAACGACAUCCCUCUGCCCAUCCCUCAGCAGGGCCCCCAGCCCAGCCCCGAGCCUCCCAAAGGCCACGCUCCCCACGGCUCCUCUCGCAAGAGGCCCCUGAAGGAGGAGGUGGCAGCCACAUCCACAGCCAGGGCUGGCACCCUGGAGCACCAGCCCAGAGCCAGCAAAGUCCCCAGAGGCCCCCCCGGGCCAUCCCAGCACCUCCACCCACCCAAGGACAGGAAAUCCCAGGGCAUGCAGGGCCAGCUCUCCAACCCCCAGCCCUCUGGCACCCCCAGAUCUGGGGAGGGUCCCUCAACAUCAAGGCGCCCUGCCAUGCCCUCAAAAUCUUGCCUCCGCCCUCUCCCCAAGUAA